AUGUUGAGCCAGAAUCCACCAAGGUUGAACCGUAGAAUCAGUGGAGUAAAUGAUCGUUGGCGCUUCCCAAGAGAGCCUUACCUAGGAGACCUGCUGGGGCUCUCCCAGCUGUCUAGAGCAACGGGAGUAGAUAUCGACAAUGAGCUGAAGAUAAUUGACAGGUUACAUAUUCCACAGCUGCAGAAAAUCUUAACUGGUUCAAUCAAGAAGAAACCCAUCCAGGGCACUGUGGCAGAUGUGACACUUGACUGCAUGGGCUUCAAAUGGGAACUCCAUCAACCUCAGCUCUUCCAUUCAGGGACCCUAACCAAGCUCUACAUAUUUGCCCUGUCCCAGAAGAACACAGACCCCCUGCGAGAACUGGAGAAACUUCUGAGAGCUGAAUCACCCGGAGAACCCAAAAAAACAUCUCCAGUAAAGAAGAUAGCCAUUUCCUUGAAGAUUAAUGAUCCUUUAGUCACUAAAACUGCCUUUGCCACGGCCCUGAAGAGUCUAUACAGCAAGGAGACAGAGGUGCAUCUGGAGGAUGUCCUGGGCGUUUUGGCAUCCGCACACAUUCUCCAGUUCUCUGGGCUGUUUAAAAAGUGUGUGUCCUUGAUGAAGGAUGGAAUUUCUCCUUGUACCAUUCAGACAUAUUACAUGGCUGCCUGCAAGUACAAGGAAGAAUUACUAAUCACCGCCUGUGAGAAGUGGCUAGAAAUGAACUUGGUUCCCCUGAUCGGGAAGCAGAUCUAUCUCCGAACAAUACCACAAGAGCUACUCCAGAAAGUGCUCAAGUCCCACAGGCUGUUUACUUUCAGUGAGUUUGAUCUGCUAAAAACAACACUAUACUGGGUCUACCUCCAACUAAACCUCAGACUUCAGUCAAUUCCAAUCUAUGAGACUGUCCUGGCAUUUUUUAACAGCUUCCCCAAGAAGUGUCCCUUUUUGGAACGGGAACUGGGACAGAAGUUCCUACCUGUAUUUCAUUGCUUGCGUCUACAUGGUAUCACUAAAGGCAAGGACCUGGAGGAUAUAAAGCACAUUAACUUCUUCCCCGAGACAUGGAUAGUCCGGAUUUUAGCCAACCAUUACCAUGCCCUUGAGAGUGGUGGAGACAUGUUUCAUGUGAAAGAUCUUUCUACUCAAGCUAUAAGAUUUGGUCUCCUAAUUAAUCAGGAAAACAAGAUUUACUCAGAAAUGAUUGGCGUGUAUGGAUUCUUCUUUGAAAUUAAGGGAAUCAAACAUGGUGACUCCUCCUAUAGUUUUUACAUGCAGAGAAUCAAAUAUUCAGACAUGAACUUACCUGCCGCCGUAUGUGAGCGGAGCCCAGUUAGCCUCAGACAAGAACGCCUAGUGAAAUAUGAAAUCAGAGCACAAUCCCUGGUGGAUGGAAAUUGGCAGGAGUUCAGUACUAAUACGCUGACCCAAAAGUUUGGACUUAUCAAGUCAACUAGCAAAAGCCAUACCUUGAAAAUCGAAACUGUGGGCAAUCCUGUCUUUGUGACUUUUGCAUUCAUUUUUCCAGUAUCAUGA